CAUGGAUAUGCAAGAGCCCAUUACUUUUGCUCCUCUUGAAGUUUUCUCAAAAAGAACAACUCAAUCGUUAGUAAAGUAACGUUCACAUUAUCAGCAAACACUGUACAAAACUGAACACCAGAAACAAACAUGCUGUCACGCUCACUCUCACGCCGCUUCCGGUCUGUAGCUGCGUUGGCGGCGCUAGUACUGGUUUAUUCCUUCCAUGCAAACCUUCACACGGCAUCUGCGUCGUUAAGCGAUCGGGAUUGGUGGUCAGAAUUUCUCGGAGCCGACUGCGACGAGGACGCGGAGCCCAGCUCCGAACACCUCCACUGUGCCCUCAACUUCAGCGGUCCCCUGGCGACGGUGUUGCAGAGUCCGCUGCCGAAGUUCGUCGCGAACAAGAGCACAGCAACAGCGGAUAGUAAAAACGAAGACCAGCAAGAUGAACAUGUUGACAAGAUCAGUGCCAUUGUGAGUUGGCAGGAAGAAGCAAAGGCGCUAUUCCCGCCGCUGUUGAACAAGAAAAACUUGAUCGGCGACACACUCAAAUGGCUCCUAGACAGAGAGAUUGGUGCGCGAAUCCUCCCGAAAGCGACAAAACCGUUGUCGGGCUCCGUGAGCGCCGCCGUGCGGCUGGUCGCCAUUCUUCACAGCAACGUGCUAGAUUCGCUAAUCCACAUGCUGCUGAUCAGGCGAAAAAAGUUGAAGAGACCAGACGGGUCGUCGGGCAUCACGCGCCAAGAAGCAGAGAAGGUCUGGGCCAAGUUGGAAAAGGAGGAAAAGAAAGCGGCUGGCUCGAAUAAAUCUGACGGAAGAAGCGAUUCUGGCCACAACACCCGAGGGCGGAUGUUUGAGAGUGCGCUCGAGUUGGAGCUUUUCCAAGUGGGGUUGCAAAACGCAGGGUUUCUGAAGCGCAACAAGAAGUUUUUACUGGCCAAAAGAACCGAGUUCCCGUCCUUACUGCGAGACCCGCUCGUCGCGCAGCUGUUCCACAAAACCCGGCGCGUCACGCUGCUGGAAACAAGGUUGGAUGAGCGGUUUGGUUACAAGCUGGACGCCUCGAAAAACUUUUGGAUUCCGGGUCUCCCCAGCAUCGCGGAACCCAUCCUCCGAGGUCAUCCAUUACUUUUUGACCUCGAGAAGAUCGGGAAGCUGCCUCUCAGCCUGCUGGAGACCAAGUUUGUGCCGCCGCCCGAAGACAAAGUCGCGUCGAGCUACGCCCCGGGAGUGUUGCCGGACGAGAAGAUGGAGAUCGAUUCCCGGCUCGUGAUGCACCCCGGCCGGCUGCACAGCGGCUGCAACGAGGAAGUGUUGCCGGUUUUUUGCGAUAUUUUACAGGCAUCAAAUUUCCAGCAGGAGGCCGCGUCCUACGUGUUUGGCCCGACGGAACUCAGGCGUAUCCGCCGGGGGUCCUGGACGCAGAUCGGCGGGAUGAACUCCGCGUCCUGUGAGAGCAAUGCGGGGAUUUUGCUGCUUUACAACGGCGCAAUUGGUGGAAAAAAAAACAAAAAGUCGGAGCUUUUCCUCGAUGUCAUCACGCAGGAACCGGGUGGGGAGAAGCGAUUACCCCCGGGCAAAGCGGCGGCAGUCGACGAGUGUCGGUAUCCCGCUUCUGUUUCCAUCGUGGACGAAAAUCCAAGUGCGGCGAGGUCUACUUCUUCCAAACAGAAGAAAGACGCGAUCCUUCUCGUCGUCCGCGUUUGGCACCCCCUGGUGCCUCCGUCGGAGAGAGCCCGACUGGGAGAAAUUUUACUCAAGGAACGCGUGGCCCCGGACUUGGUGCGGAAAAUGGUCGAGAACAUCGGGGAGACGAGGAGAAAUUACUCCGUGUUGGCACAGGAUUGGCUCGCUGUAGAGCAAGAGAGCUUCGUGGAGCAAACCAUGUUUUCCACAAGCGCGGAAGCGCCCAAAUCAGAUGUCGCAGAUGAUGAGCUUUGAACAGGAAUAGGAAAGUAGGCAUGUAGUUGGUACCGCUGAAAGAUAGAAGAUUGUGC